CAAAACUUUCAUUUUAUAUCUCUAGAUGAGAUCUGACACUGCAAACGCAUAUACAUCUUGUACACUGCAGAGAAAGCUUUUUCACUGAGGGCAGUUUUUAUAUGUGAAUAAUACAGAAACAGACCCGAGUAUUUAAAUCUAGAUGGAACAGUUAUACAGAAAGCAGACAAUGAUGUCUCUCAAGCUAUGCUUUCUGUUCAGUUUCUUAGUGCUCAUUUCAAAUGCUCAUCUGAAGUGCAAGGAAGCAGAUCCACUAUUGCUCAAAUGGAACUCUACACAGAUCUAUGGGAAGUGGAUAUACAUUGGUGGUGUUGCUGAUGACGAGGAAACGGAGAAAAUGCUUAACAUCUCUGAUAGUGCAUGGAUGGACUUUCAGCCCCUGAAUAAUAGCCAUGUGACCAUUUGGCAAACUGCACGAAUUGGGGAGCCAUGUCUGAAUUCUACUUUUUACUUCAAUAUUUCUGAAGAAUCCGGCUACUUACUUCUGCAAGCACCACAUCUGACGGGACGGGUAUUUCCUGAGUUUAAGAAGUGUCUGCAUAUUUAUUUCAUAUAUGAGAAACCAUCAAAUACAACUGUUAGACUACAUUACUUGUACUCCAGAACCAAAAAUGUAAGAGAUUCCUGCAUGGCUGAGUUUAAGAAGCGACUUCAGUGUUAUGGUAUUUCCCCGGUAAAUCUAAUUAUUGUGCCGCAGUUAAAAGAACAAUGCCCGAGUAAAGAAGAAACUGAAAUUAAAACUGAAUAAGGAGCAGAGAUAACCAAACUUAUAUCCCAAAGGCUGCUGUUUGUGAACGCAUGAGAUAAUGUCCUUAAAGACGCAGGCAUAUCUAAGUGGUUGUUCAUGCUUUAUACUCAUUGGUAUAAGAUAAUUUAUCUGAUUAAUCACACAUACAUUUAUCACAGAAAUAAACUGGAAAUAGUUUAUCCAUUCUUUUAUUCAGACUUGUUAACCAAAGACGUGGAGAGAGGCAUGUAGAAACUGACAAGUAUUGGGAACAUCUGCCUCAUUUAGUUUUAAUAGAAUUCUGCCAGUUGUCUGGGGAGAAUGUAUCUUUUUUAACUCCAUUUGUAUGAAGAUAGACUAUCUUGUUUUCCUUUUAAUGCACCACUUUUGAUCUUCUGUGUGUGAAUUCUGGAUAUUGUUCAGUGGUUCACUUUAAUAAAUAUUGUUCUGAAAACUGAUGAAUAAUAUUCUGGUUAAACCUUUGAAACAUUUUCUAUUUUUCUUUAAACUCUGCUGCUUAUUGUAUGUGUCAGUAAAUAAUAUUAAAUCCACUUUUACCAAA